CGACACUUUCGUAACCCACCAUGACCAACGAUGAGCACACAACCGUUCGCCAUUACUACCAGUACUCCCCCCCGGGAGUGAAGCGCGUCAUUAAGUCGGGGAGUAGUGCAUGGAUUGGUGAGGUGGACGAUUCCGCCGUCUUGAAAUAUCCCCUGGCCGCUAGCGAGAACUUGGAGCUUCUCGAGGCCGAGAGAAAGAUGCUGGAAGCUAUCCCGCCGCAUAAGAACAUCCUGGGGUUCAAAGGCUCCACCGACGCGGGAAUCUACCUGGAACGCGCCCCGAACGGCACUGUCGCCGAAUACAUCCUCGACUCGGGCAAGCCGCUUUCCCUCCAGCAGCGGCUGGCCUGGUGCCGCGAGACUGCCGAGGCACCUACCAACCUGCUCCUAGACAAAGACCUACACGUCAAACUCUCCGACUUCCAGGGCAAGCUCCUGGCUGAGGACGGCACAGUGCUCGUCGACGGCCGUAGUAUGGAGCCCUACCGCUUCUCGCUACCCCGGGACGACUUCCGCGCCGACGUCAAGACGGACCUGUUCGCGCUAGGGUGCACUAUCUACUUCAUCCUCUUAGGCCACACUAUCUUCCCAGACAUCGACGACAGAGAUGACGAGGCCUAUGCGAAGGUGGAGGAGAGGCUCGCCAAGAAGGAGUGGCCUCGGGUACACCAAGUAUGUAGUGCGGUCACCCUGAAAUGCUGGGAGCAGCAGUACGAAUCCGCGGCGGACGUGGUUCGGGAUCUCGAGGCUAUCGAACGGGAACACCGGGGUCGGUUUGGAAUCAGGCUCUAA